AUGGUCCAGCAUCAACGGCUGGCAGCCACAGCCCUAGCUCUUUCCCCUCUUAUCACCGCGCAGCAAAUGGGGCCAAUCCCUGAAAUGCACCCCAAGCUCCAAACAUGGAAAUGCAGCGAGAGACACGGCUGCGUCUCUCAGUAUACCUCCGUGGUAUUGGAUGCAAUGAGCCACCCAAUUCACGAAGUCGGAGACAGUAACGUCUCAUGCGGCGACUGGGAUAGCGGCCUCAACCCAGACCUUUGCGCAACAGAGGAAGCCUGUGCCAAGAACUGUGCUGUUGAUGGUGUGGACUAUGCCGCCAAUGGAGUUCGCACGAGCGGCGAUGCUCUAACUCUGCAGCAGUAUAUGGAGACAAAUGGUGUGAUAACAUCUGUCUCGCCUCGGGUUUAUCUACUUGAUGAAACUGGAGAAAACUACAACAUGCUGCAGUUGCUCAACCAGGAGAUUAGCUUUGAUGUAGAUGCUUCUACACUCGUGUGUGGCAUGAACGGCGCGCUGUAUCUGUCUGAGAUGCUAGUCAAUGGUGGACGCAGCAAGCUGAAUCCUGCCGGUGCACGAUAUGGUACGGGAUACUGUGAUGCUCAGUGCUCGAAUGACCCCUGGAUCAACGGGGUCGCUAAUAUUGACGGCGCUGGUUCAUGUUGCAACGAAAUGGACUUGUGGGAGGCCAAUGCCCUUGCCACUGCGUACACACCCCAUGCAUGCAAUAUCACUCGGCUAUACGAGUGCGAAGGUGACCUUUGUGGGAGCGAUGGUGUCUGCGAUAAGGAUGGAUGCGGAUAUAACGCCUACGCACUGGGAGACCACGACUACUACGGCCGCGGCUUGACGGUCGAUACGAACCGCCCUUUCACAGUGACAACGCAGUUUCUGACCAACGAUCAUACUACGCGAGGGACAUUGGCGCAGAUCCGUCGUUUGUAUGUUCAGGAUGGCAGGGUGAUCGAAAAUGCCAUUACAGAGGUGUCCGGCACCGAGAUCGACUCUAUCACCAACGCCUAUUGUAAGAACUCGGCCUCGUACUUUGAGCAAAUGGGUGGUCUGCCGCAGAUGGGUCGUGCUCUGGCCCGCGGCAUGGUUCUCAUUUUCAGUAUCUGGAAUGACUCGGGUGCCUUCAUGAACUGGCUCGAUAGCGGCAGUGCAGGGCCUUGCAAUAGCACCCAAGGGAAUCCUGCGAUUAUCGAGGCACAAUAUCCAUAUACAUCGGUGACGUUUUCGAAUAUUCGGUGGGGGGAUAUUGGGUCUACUUAUUCAUACAGGUAG